CGCUCCCCCACUCGUACCGGGGCAUUAAGCCAUUCUCCGCGUGACGACUCGCUUGGACCGCAGACACUCCUUCUCGAUGUCGCUCUUCUCGCUCCCCAACGUGCUGCGGCGCAGCGUGCCAUCUGACGGCAGCGACAAUGCGCCUGCCAUUCGCCCCUCUGUGGUGAGCGCCAGCAACUUGAACGCACAGCUCCUCGAAGAGGCCAAGCACGUGGACCAGCACUUGUUCUUCGGUCCUCAGCAGACAAUGUUCGAAGGUGAGCGCCAGCGCGUGAUCCACGGCGAGCGCAAGAUCCAGAAGAACGCUAAGCGCUUCUGGCUCAUGUCAGAGCCGCUCAGCAUGGAGCGCGACAGCACCACGUCUCUUAUCGGCUUCCCAACUGAGUCGCAAGUCCGUUCCAACAGUAUCGGCAGCAAAAUGUCAGCUGCCACGCGCUUCAUUGGCCAGAAAGUGGCGCAGAUGAAGUUCCCUGCGUCCCAUGUGAACGAGGAUUCGUUCUGUGACGGCUGUGGCAUGGACCCCAUCGUGGGGAACAUGUACUCGUGCUCCAAGUGCGUCAACUACCACCUAUGCGAGGGCUGCUACCAGCUGGGCAUCCACGGCUUCGAAGAUUCGAAGCUACUAGUCGACGUGCGCGAGGACUUUGCUCUCCGCAAGGUCAUGGAAGUGUCGAAGAACAAGGUGCCCGAGGAGGUCUUCACUGUCCUGUUAAAGACCGUGUGCCGCGGACAGGUCGACAAGUUUAACUUCCUGGCCAAGUGGAUCACGGCCGUCGUGCUGGGCCAACCCAUCAACACACUUGAAGUGCGCGGUAUCGAGAUCCCGCAUCUCGACACGGAUACGCGCGGCACUCUGGUGCAGUUGCUCACCCCCGUAUUGGCUGAUCGCACGGACCUGGAGGUGUGCAUGGAGUGGUUUUGUCCGGAUGCUGGAGACAUGGACUUGCCCGGUGUACAGCGCCGUAUGGAGACCAUCCGUAUUUGGGUGGCUACGGACAAGGACCAGAAGUCUCCCUUCGCUCUCAACGAAGAUCUUAAGGAUGAAGACACAGAGUCAGACAUGUCGCCCACCAGCGCCAGCGGAGACGUCAUUGGUUCUCCUGGCCCCGCCAGUCCUGUGUCUGAGUCUCCUUGCGUGACACCCCUUCCAUCGCCGUCGGGAAUCCGCCGCAAAUCUACGGGAGCCACGUCAAUGACUUCCGAGUCUUCGUCGCAGGUCUCUCCCCCGCGUCUAGAUGCACUGACACUGGCCGACAAGUCCACUGAAUACACUUACGAAGAUGACGAUGAUGACUACAUGUCGGACUCGGUCAAGAGCGAUAUUGAGCCCCGGAAAGUGGACUUGUCUCCGUCCUCUGGUCAGCGAUCGGAGGGCAUUCAGAUGUAAGAAGAACGAGGAAAGGAUCGAGGGGACUGGCGAACGCAACCGUGAAUGAGCUGCUGUUC